CAUAUUUGGAGGAAGGGCUUAUGGCUUUUCCAAAACAAGUGGAGUAAAUCAUGAGACAUUUCAAUGUUUUUUGUGACAACUAACAUUUCCUUUCAGCUUAGAGUUAUAGCUUUUAUAUCUGAAUAGUGCAAUAUAUGUAAUGAUGUCGACUACAAAGAGGAAGAAGCUCAAAGUCAAAGCAGUGGCUCCAAAAUUGAAGCUUUUCCGAGCUAAUGAACCGCUGCUCAGUGUGUUUAUGUGGGGGAUAAAUCACACGAUCAACGAAUUAGAUCAUGUUAAUCAGAAGGUAAUGUUGAUGCCCGAUGAUUUCAAGUCUUACAGUAAAAUCAGAGUUGACAAUCACAUGUUUAACAAAGAUAGCAUGCCAAGUCAUUUUAAAGUGAAAGAAUAUUGUCCUCUGGUGUUUAAGAAUUUACGUGAAAGAUUUGGAAUUGAUGAUAUGGAAUAUAUGAAUUCUUUAACUAAACAACCUGCUGAUGUAGAUUCUCCUGGCCGUAGUGGAGCCAGAAUGUUGGUGUCAACAGAUAAAAGUUAUUUUAUUAAAACACUAGUUAGUGAAGAAGUAGAACAGAUGCAUCAUAUACUUAAACAAUAUCAUCAGUAUGUUGUAGAGAAUAAUGCUAAUACAUUACUACCACAGUAUCUUGGUAUGUAUCGUUUAACAGUAAAUGAUGUGGAGACCUAUAUGGUGGUUAUGAGAAAUGUGUUCAGUCCCAGACUAGCUAUUCACAAAAAAUAUGAUUUAAAGGGUUCAACUGUUGAUAGACAGGCUAAUGAUAAGGAAAAGUUAAAAGAAUUACCUACAUUUAAAGACAAUGAUUUUGUAAAUGAUGGUUUUAAGAUCCAUGUCGGACCAGAAGCAAAAGAAAAAAUUAUGUCUAUUUUACAAAAAGAUUCUGAGUUUUUAUCCAAUCUUCAUUUAAUGGACUAUAGUUUAAUUGUGGGCAUCCAUGAUGCUGACAUAGCUGAACAAGAACAGCAAGAAAAACAAAUACAACAGGAAGAUUUUGCAGGAAGUGUGGAUCAGGAUGAUAUAGAAGAAGAAGAUGAAGAUGUAGACGACCUUAACGAUGGCUAUGGUUUGGCAAUCACACCACCUGACAGCCCACAACCAACCACUCCGCUUCCCUUUAAUGGAGAACUUGAUGCAAAGUUAGAAAAAUAUGCUUAUAAAAGUUCAGAAAGUUGUCCAAGGCGUGAGGUUUAUUUUAUGGCUAUGAUUGACAUACUUACCAAAUAUGGUAUGAAGAAACGAACAGCACAGGCUGCAAAAACAGUGAAACAUGGAGCUGGAGCAGAAAUAUCUACAGUGAAACCAGAACAAUAUGCAAAACGGUUUCUUGAUUUUCUCUCCAAAUAUAUGGAAUAAACUUAAAAUAGAAUCAAAUUUAUCAAACUCUUACCUGAAUCAAUUCUCAAUUAGGAACAAAUAUAUUUUAAUGAUAGAUUUUUUUUUUUUUUUUAAAUGAAGGGCCAGUUUGCUUAGAUAAAAUAAGAGCAGAUAUAGGGCUCAGUGUAAAGGUUUGACUGUUAUCAUCAUUUUCUUUGAAAAAAUAUAUAUAUAUAUUUGGCAUUUCUAAUUAUAUUUUGUGUCAUCAAUGUGUAAAUUGAAAACCACCAGAGAAUAUAUAAAUAAAAUGCUGAAAAUAUCUGAGCAAAAUGGCCUAUAAUAUUUAUUUAUAUUUAAUUAUAUAUAUGUAUAAAAAGAAUUAGGCUUGACUGGUCAUUCAUUAUUUUUGUUUAUUUUACAUUUUUUGAUCCAAAAAAGAAACCUUUUUUGACUUUGUGUCACUUUUAUUUUCACAAUAACUUCUUGAAAAAUGUUUCUGAUUUUAAGCAAAGACAAAAACCAAAACGGUUGGUUAAAGAAAAAAUCUUUUUGUUUCAAAUAGUUUGUUAUAUUUGGUCAGUUCUUGACAAUUUGAUGAUUUUACAAUUGAAAAAGGAUCAUGUUUUAUUCCAAAAUUUGAGAGUGCUAAAUUGAGUGUUGUAAACAUUUAUUCAGAUCAUUUUGCAUAUGGAAAUAAUCCGAUUCAUGUCACAUUAUUUCAUAUUAACUAUUUAAUAGUAGAGUUCAAGUAGUCUUUUUAAUAGAUAUCAGUGUCAUAUAUACUCAUUUGAAAAUUUCACCCUUUUUCAUGCAAUCUCGAUCCCAAAGAUAAGUUCACCCUUUUUUGUUUAUCUCUGGUAAAACUUGCCAGCCAUUUUGAAUGUCAUGUGAUGUAUCCUUCCGUCGGUCGCUUCACAAAGAUCCAAGAUGGCGGUUCAAACUCGCGUUUCUUCAGAAAGUUCACUUAUUUAGCCGAAUCACUCACAUUGUGCACUAAAAAUAGUCCCCAGUAAAUCAUCAAAUCGGCUUUUUUCGAAUGAACUUUUGAUGGCAAGAUGUGGAAAAUGUUCCAAGGAUCAUUAAUAUGUAACUCAUGCAACGAAUCGAUGCCUUAUUGUCGAGAAAGCAGCAGCAUAUCAUUCUAACAAAUCCUGCCAAUCAGUAGCCACUGGGGGCAGAGUUUAGGAACAAGUUUCACGCUGAUUAAUGGCUGGCAAGUUUUACCAGAGAUAAACGAAUGGUAAAGUUAUCUCUGGGAUUGAAAUUGUUUUUCAUGUUUAUUGAUGCUUAAACAUCUAACCAUCUUCAGAAAUUAUUUCUGAGGUGAUUUUCUGGUCAAAUUUAUUUUAUUUUUCAUGAUGAAUAACAUUUUGCAAAUAUGAUAAAUUAUUUCUAAGGAUGAUUAAGUGAAAUAUUUUCUAUCUAAUUGGCCAUAGAAAUUAUUUUUGAAGUAAUUUUUAUGUCAAAUUAUGUUUUGAUUUUUGAAGUAAUUGUGGUAAGACAAAGUCUAUAAGAGCCUUUAUAAAUGGCUCAUAAUUUGAUAAGAAUUAUGUAUUAAUUGAGGAAAAUGUACAUUGGUCGCUUAGUGAAUUUCAAAGUUCUGAAUAAUAAUCUGUUAUCAAUGUAAAAUAAACAGCCACCUUUUCAGGCCUCCGAUAGUUUAUUGAAUCAGGAACUGGUUUCUCAAGUGCUACUCAUCUUCGAAAAUAGCCUAAGGGGCCGCCAAUUCAGGUAUGAUCAACAUGAAAAUUGACAUGCUUGUUCCUUGGACAAUUGCACAUCGAUUAAUGGACUUUGAUUUUUUUAUGUGACAUAUAACGUUCCUGAUCUAUUUAGCACUAUUGUACAUGUUUAUUUCUUGGCUGAUAUUUUAUUUAUUUUAAUUGCAAUACAAUAUUGAGAAAAUACUUCCUUUUCUAAUGGAAAUUUAUCCAGAAUUAAACAUUUAGAAAAGAGGCUUGCUUAGUAUGCAUUGCUUUUGAUACUUGUUAAAAAAUUUCAGCCAAGUAAAUUGUGUUUAUACGAAAAGAGAUGUUAUUUAAAUACUUGAUACCGAUACCAUGCUGUAAUUUUAAACAAUUUGAUGUAUAUAAUUUGUACAGUUAUAUCCUUUUUUUGUUGACAUUUUGUCUCAGUCUCGUUAGUAUUUUACCAUAGUCAUGUGUAGAAAGAGAAAUUAGUUGUGUAUAUUUAUAUCAUUAAUAUUUUAUUCAAUCAUGAUUAACGAGUUGUAAAACAACUGGUGUACACAUAUACUUAAGGUCAGUGUCCGCUAAGUGUGACAAACACAUUGCACAAUAAUUCAUUUAGAUUUUAAGCCGUCACUUUCUCACUUUAUUGUUGAAAGUAUUUUUUCUAUUUCUGGGGCAAAAUUUAAAAAAAAAAAAAUUUAAUGUAUGAAACUUGUGGUCAAUAUGUGAUAUCGAACAAUACAUAUUUAGAAUCUUAACGGAAGAUCAAUUAUUUGGUUAUUGUCUAGAUUUUCAUAAAAAUAUGUUAUGUACUUGAACUAGUGGUAAAUAUAGAUCAUACUUGAAGCCAGAUGAACAGAUUCAAGGGAAAAUGAAUUACUGUGAAUAUUGCGGUUGUAUAUAUAUAUAUAUAUAUAUAGAAUAGGGAAUGAUGUAUAUUGAACAAAAGACUGUAAUUAAUCACACUCUUUUUCUCUUCAGGUCUGAAAAUACUCUAUUUUUCAUCCAAUAAGAAUUAAAUGUCUAACCAUAAAUUGGCCCAAGUUAUCAUCCCUUUGAUGAACCAUUAAUAGUUGUAGAUUAGAUGACAUUCCAAUUGCUGAUUCCUCAUCUUCAUAAAAAAUUCUGUUAAAUGUCAGGGAACAUUGGAUUCAUUUGAAUUCAUUAAUGUAUAUGCAUAAAAUUCAUUGAAUUUUAAAGAUUAGGUCACAAGAUAAACAAUGAAAGUGACAAUAAAAAGAAUACGAAUAUAUUCAUAUGGCUAUGUUGUGAGGUUUGCGUUAAUAAGUAUUUUUUAACUUGUGUGCUCAAAUUUAAUUUGUUGAAUUCCUAUAUGAGAAAUUUACGUAUUAAUUUGUCACUAUUCACUUAAAAAACACACUAUCUGAUUUUAUGUGAUAGAACGAAUUAUUGAUUUGACUAGAUCUGAUGUGUUAGUUUGAAUGGAUAGCCUCCCAUUUUUGUGUCAUUAGUUUAGAUCAUUGAUAAUAGAGGUACAAUUUUGAAAAGGAAAGUUAAAGUUUCUUAUUUUUGGAAGUAACACAUCAAAUCAGAUAAAAGGAAAGACGGUUUUGUUUCAUGAACCCAACUAAAGACGUUUGCAUAAUGAUGCUUUAAUGUGUUCAUUGUUCAGUUUAAACUAUGAAAUAUAUUAGAUGCCAUAUAUACAUAAAUAUAUAAUAUAUAAAGAUAUUUGUACAUUGUAUCAUAGUGUGUAAAUAAGUUAAGAUUAAUUAUUUCAAAGUAAAUCUAUUGAUGUUUCUCAGAAAAGACUAUUGACUAAACCUAAAAUAUGCAAAAUUAUUCUGCUUAAAUUCUUGUGAAAAUCAUGUUAUAGUCAAAUAAUAACUAAAUAAUUAGAUCAGCAGUUUAAAUUAUAUAAUCCAUUUCUCAGACACAGCUUGUAUAAUUUUAUUAGAAAAAAACAGUUGACGUAGAUGACAUAAACUAGUAGGUGAAUAUUAAAAUUUGAUUCUUCUAUUCGGGAUAGUUUCACAAGAAAAGAUUCAUUUGCACUUGUAUUAAUUAAGAUCAGAUAUUUUAAUCUCGGUUAUUUGAAUACUUUAAACACUGUUGAUGUAUUAUUUAUAUUAUAUCCAUGUUUUUAUCAUGUACUAAUGUAGCCAUAUUUUAUUAUGUUAAUUUAUUGUCAUGAAUUGCACAAUGGUUAUGUACUAUAAGAACAUGUUGAUCAGGCUUUACUUGGUGCUUUUUGACUACAAAAUAUGUCAAAAUGUUGAUCCUAUAAAGAAUAAGAAAAAGAAAUGAUAAAUAAAACAUAAAAUGCUAACAUAAAAUCAGCAAAUAUUUUGAAUUAAUCAAGAUUUUUAAGGCUAUUUCUGUAUUUGACAUCAAAAGUGUACCAACAAAACUAGGUAUUAUUCUGUGAAUGGCUUUACAAAUGUCUAUUAAUUAUUAUUAAUUUAGCUGAUUAAUAUUGUGAUAACAUUGUCUCUGUAUUUUUAAUACUCUGUUUUAUUCAUAAUUCAGUAUAAUUCUUGUAUGAUAUAGAUGACCCAAUUGUCAGCACACCAUAGUGGCAGACUCAUACUGCAUACAUGUGUUUUAUUCAACAUAGAUAUCACUUUGUGCAUGUAUAGCUCCCCAUAGAAUCAUAGCCUUUUCAAGCUAAAUGAUUAUAGAGGUGUUGAUAUUUAAAGAUUGUACAUUAUUAUAAUUUACUUAUUGAUGUUAAUUAUUGUCAAAAACCUAUUAUACCAUGUUACAUUUGUUUUUAAAUAUCUAAUGAAUGUUGUGCAAGUCUUCGUUAAGCCAUUAUCAUCAAUCCAUUCUUGACAUCUUUUGACUUAAAAUAUAAGAGUUUUACCCAUUUUGCUUUAAGUGAAUUGAACCAUUCUGUUGUUUGGUGAUAUAAUGUGAGUGUAAGGUCAAAUUUUUAUUACAAGAACCUAGUUCACACCCUUUUAGUUUUAGUCACUUUGACAGAGACUCUUUUUGUACUGUCAAGCUGUAUGUCAAGGCCUUUGAACAAAAUACAAGAAUUGGAUAGAGCAAACAUGUGAAAAGGGGAGAUAACUCUUGUAUUGAGAAUUUUCUCCUCCAUUUUUUGAUAAUGACCCAUUGCUGUUUUCAUUAAACUGAUCAACAAUGUAUCAUCAUAUUCUGAUUUGUUAUGGUCAUGUAUUCUGUAAUUCUUGCUAGUUUUGUUUGUCUUUAUUAUUAUGCCACCAUAUGCAAUUCUAUAUGUGUUAAAUGUUGCCUUAAAGUGCUCAGUUGUGUAACCCCUUGACAAUAAUAUGUUCAGUAUGCUUAGUGAUUAAUGUUUAAUAGAAGUCCCCACUUGUUACUACAUUUUCUAUAUUAGUUACUGCCAUUUUAAAUAGAUAUUGAGAGAACCUGUGUUAAAAGUGACCAAGACCAUUUUCUAUUAUUUAAAACAAUUUUAUUAUUUAAAACAUAGAAUUUAUAUAGCUGUACAGUGUAAACAUUCAAAACAUUCAUUGCAACUGUACUUUUUGACUGAAAAUUUGCAGUGUGUGUCUCGAAAUCAGAUUGAAGGAUUUUACUAUGGAAAAAAUCCCUAGCCUCAUACAUUUACUCAGAGAUAAAACACAACUGAUAUGAUGCAUGUCAUCGUCACUUUAACAUCAAUAUCACAUUUCAUUAGACAAAGAUUAUACCGGUAUAUUUUGUAUUUUUAUGCUUCCAUGUUUACUUUUAAUUGUUUUAAUCAAUAUGUAAUGUAGAUUCUGUAAGCGUACAUAUUCAAAGGGUUAUCUUAUUACUACACAGGAGUAACACAAAGGUAAAAUAGGUUAUGUUGUGAUAGUCAAUGAAAUUAGGUUGGGAAUAUCUUUUGGAUUUUUUUCGACAAACCAGUACUCAGUUACGAGAAGGCUGCUAAAUAUAAUGACUUACAUGAACAUAACAUUUACCCCAUUUAGUGCUGCUUAAAGUGUCUCGUUUUUUUUUUUAAUGCCACACAAUGAAUUUGUUUGUCAUUGUCACACCAUCAUUCUUUAUUGACUGUAUUGAUUAUGUAUUUUAGUCCAAAUAGUUCAUUAUAACUUCAAGAGUGUUUGAAAAUCGUAUUUCGAACUCAGUCCUUUUUUUGGGGUGCAAAUCAGUGCUUUAUGUUUAAGAUGUGUAAAAUAAAGUCAAUUUUAAAUAUUUAAA